CCCAGCUGUGCGUCGCUUCUGCUCGUGGCCGUCUUUCCCCCUCAGAGCCGGUGAUGUUGGAUAUGGGAGAGCGCAAAGAGGUGAAAAUGAUCCCCAAAUCCUCCUUCAGUAUAAACAGUCUGGUGCCGGAGGCCGUGCAAAGCGACAACAACAACCAGCACCACCAGAGCCUGCACCAGAACCAGAACCACCUCCACCACCAGCGGGCCGGCGGGGUGGACGACGCCGACCAGAAGGCUCCUCUCCCGGCCGCUCAGGAGGACGGCAAGCCGGAGGCGAAGAGUGAGUGCUCGGGCCAGGACGAGAAGGAGAAGCAGCAGCAGCAGGAGGACAAGAAGGACGGCAAGGACGGAGACAGCGGCGGGAAGGACGGAGAGAAGAAGAGCGGCAAGUACGAGAAACCGCCGUUCAGCUACAACGCGCUCAUCAUGAUGGCGAUCCGGCAGAGUCCGGAGAAGCGGCUCACCCUCAACGGCAUCUACGAGUUCAUCAUGAAGAACUUCCCCUACUACCGGGAGAACAAGCAGGGCUGGCAGAACUCCAUCCGGCACAACCUCAGCCUCAAUAAGUGCUUCGUCAAGGUCCCGCGGCACUACGACGACCCGGGGAAGGGGAACUACUGGAUGCUGGACCCCAGCAGCGACGACGUCUUCAUCGGGGGGACCACGGGGAAGCUCCGGCGGAGGUCCACCACCUCCCGGGCCAAGCUGGCCUUCAAGAGGGGCGCGCGGCUGACCUCCGGGCUCACCUUCAUGGACCGGGCGGGCUCCCUGUACUGGCCCAUGUCCCCCUUUUUAUCCCUGCACCACCCGAGGACCAGCAGCGCUCUGGGCUACAACACCACCUCGUCGGGCUACCCGGGCCACCCCAUGUCCUACAGCACCAUGCUCAACAACAACCACUCCUCGUUCCCGGCCUCUAACGGGCUCAGCAUGGACCGGCUGGUCGGCGGGGACCUCCCGUACGCCACGCAUCACCUGACGGCGGCGGCUCUGGCGGCCUCCGCGGUGCCCUGCGGCCUCUCGGUGCCUUGUUCCGGCGGUACGUACUCCCUGAACCCGUGCUCGGUCAACCUGCUGGCCGGGAACACCAGUUACUUUUUCCCCCACGUCCCCCACCCCUCCAUGAGCGCGCAGAGCGGAGGGAGCGGCGCGGGAGGCUCGUUGCAGGCCGCCCGGGCUUCGGCCUCCAACUCCCCGCAGGCUCCGUCCUCCUCGGCGCUGCCCUGUGACUCUCUGAGGCCGGCCCUGUCGGCCUCUCUGCCGGCCUUCUCCUCGGGACUGUCCGGAGGUCUGUCUGACUAUUUUACGCAUCAGAACCAGGGCUCGACCUCCAACCCGCUCAUACACUAACGCUCCCCCCGUCACCUCUGACCUCCACCCCGCCGGGCUGGGCGAUACCCGAGCCUGUAGGAUUUACUGAUCCACGGUCCGACCAGGGUAGGGUAAGGAAUGUGGUUCGGGUCUACUGUGUGCCUUUUAGGACUGAAAAUCUGCAGGCCUGGAGCUCAGAGCGACAGAUCCAGGACUAAAAUGGGACCUCUAAUUUAUUUAAUUGAAGUGUUUUACUGGUGACAGGAUUGAUCCACAUCUGAAACCAUGGCAACCAAAAUCCAGUCCUAGACGCGUAUUUGAGGGUUCUGAUUCUGGACUCCUGCAGAGUCUAAAAGCGCAGACCUGUCAGGGGAUAAAUGUUGACAACGGAUCUGUGCAAUUUCAGCUGCGCAGUCUGCGUCUGCGUGGGUUUAAAAAGCGCCUUUUUACCAGUAAAUGACGCAGAUUUGCGCCUUUUUAACAGGUUUCUGCAGCUUCAGAGGGAAAGUGUUCAGCUGAUGCUGCUUUAACCCGCAGCCUGAUGAAGCAGCCAGAAACUCUCAACCAUCACUGGCCUCAGAGCAGCAGAGCUCAGUCUGAGGGACGAUUCUGCUCACGAGCGUUUUUAUUAUCACAGAAUAAAUACUGAGAAUAACCGGAUUAAAGACAGAAAAUAAACCAGUUUAGAAACUUGAAGUUUAACCCUUUAAAGCCUGCAGCAGAGAGACGUUUAUCACCCUCAGUGUCCGCGAUAUGAGCGGGAAACACUGAAGAAUAAAACAUCAUCAUA